AUGACGAACAAAGAAAUAUACUUCUAUCUGAUAACUUUUAUUUUCGAUCCAGGACCGAUUAAUGGAGAGUUUGUUUUCCAGAUUGCCCAAGUGAAGGUAUUCCUCAGCUCUCCGAAUACGAGGGAUGCACCCAGUCUGUGGACAAAUGGACAAAUGACAGAGGACCGAAUCAAGCGCUCCGAUGACUUUCGCCAUGAUACAACACCUGACUGGGAUGAUACACGUAAGAAAAAUGAAAGGUCAUAA